AGAGAGAGAGAGAGAGAGAGAGAGAGAGCGCAGCACCAGCAGUCUGACAAAGCCACACUCCCUCGAAGUUUGACAUCGCCAGCAGGCUACAGAGGCAGUCCUGCUCCGCCGCUGCCAUGGAGCCUCGGAAGUGUAUUGGAUGUGUAUUGAUUGGAGUUUACCUGUGGGCGACGUUCUGCUGUCAAGGUUGCCAUGGGGGUGUGUACCAGAGGAAGCUGUACCACGACCUGAUGGUAAACUACAAUCGGCUGGAAAGACCCGUUCAAAACGACUCUGCGCCUAUCGUGGUGGAACUCGGCCUCACUCUGCUACAAAUCAUUGACGUGGAUGAAAAGAACCAAGUGUUGAUCACGAAUGCCUGGCUGCAGCUGCAUUGGACAGACAUUUACCUUUCAUGGAACGCAGAGAGCUACCCUGGGGUUCAGAACCUGCGCUUCCCUUCCAAUCUGGUGUGGGUGCCAGAUAUCCUCCUCUACAACAGUGCUGAUGAGAGAUUCGAUGCUACAUUCCACACAAAUGUGCUGGUAAAUGCUUCCGGAUCUUGCCAGUACAUCCCACCAGGUAUCCUGAAGAGCACCUGCUACAUUGAUGUACGGUGGUUCCCCUUUGAUGUGCAGAAGUGUGACCUGAAGUUUGGCUCCUGGACCCACAACGGCUGGCUGCUGGACCUCCAAAUGAUGGAUGUGGACAUCUCUACCUACAUACCCAACGGGGAAUGGGAUCUUGUAGGUGUGCCGGCUAAGCGUAAUGAGCUGUACUACGACUGCUGUAAGGAGCCCUACCCUGAUGUGACGUUCACUGUCACCAUGCGCCGCAGGACACUUUAUUACGGCCUCAACCUGCUCAUCCCCUGCGUGCUCAUCUCUGGUCUGGCCCUGUUGGUCUUCCUGCUCCCUGCUGACUCUGGAGAGAAAAUCUCACUGGGCAUCACAGUGCUGCUGUCUCUAACGGUGUUCAUGUUACUGGUAGCAGAGAUCAUGCCUGCCACUUCAGACUCUGUUCCUCUGAUUGCUCAGUACUUUGCGAGUACCAUGAUGAUUGUGGGCUUGUCUGUAGUCGUAACAGUUCUGGUGCUGCAGUUUCACCACCACGACCCACAUGGAGGGAAGAUGCCUAAAUGGAUCCGAGUCAUAUUACUCAACUGGUGUGCCUGGUUUCUCCGUAUGAAAAAACCUGGGGAGGAAAAGAAAACAGCUGUGAGUUCCAGUAGCCCCAUAAACUACAAGUACUCCCACCCUCCUCCUCACCAUACCAGUACCAGCAGCAUUCAGAUGACCACCAUACCAGGCCAGGCAUCCAACCAGUCAACCACCAGCAAUGGAAACAUGAACAUGUACUUUGGCUACCACUCAAUGGGCACAGACAACCCUGCGUUCCCACCAAGCACUGAUUCGGGUGUGGUGGUGUGUGGCGGCGGUGGCCAUCCUAACGGAUCCUCCCAACAUGACCUCCACUCAGAACAGAUGCGGACUUUGCUGCUGGAGCAGGUUCCAGAAAUUUCCAGGAUUCUGGAGGAAGUGCAAUACAUUGCCAGGCGCUUCCGGGAUCAGGAUGAGGGAGAGGCAAUCUGCAGCGAGUGGAAGUUUGCAGCAGCCGUGGUGGAUCGGUUAUGCCUAGUGGCCUUCUCGCUCUUCUCCAUCAUCUGCACCUUCACCAUCCUCAUGUCAGCUCCCAAUUUCAUUGAGGCUGUGUCAAAAGAUUUCACAUAAGGCUGAUCUUUUUCCGUGUCUGAGAGAGGCAAAUUUAACUAACUUUAGAAAUCUUGACAUAAUUAGAACUUUACCACACAAAAAUCCCUGCUACAACAACAUGAAGUCACACAUUAUUUUAAGUGUUUAGUACAAGUCACAGUGCAUCACAACCAAACCUUUCCACUAUCUUCACAUGUCUGUCACUAAUAUAUGGUUUAUGGAGUUGAUGUGAUAUUUUUCCCUUCUAAAGUGGCUCUCUUAGCUAGCACUGUACAUACAGUAUGCCACAUAGGAGGUUGAGGCUACAUGUUGUAGAAACUCAACUCAACUCACUAAUGCACUUUUCAUCUGUGUCCCUGCUGACAUCCUUUCCCUGCCACCACUUGGUCUUCUUUUGCCUACUCUUCCACUUCCUGUAGCUUGUAGCUUGAGAAGUUCCAUACAGCACAGUGUCAUUGGGUCAAUUAACUGAUGAAGAGUUUAUCUCAAGCCUGUAUUCUAGGAAGGCCAGUUGUUUGUAUUUUGUAACUAAAUCUACAUCUUGCUUUAUGAAUGUGGUGGAUUUGAGAAUUUUUUUAUGUUUAUCAAAUUAAUGAGAACUGCUGACAUGUUUAAACUCACAGCACUGU